UUAUCUCCAGUCGGCGAUGGAACUAUACCCGUCAUAUUGAGACGUCAAUAUUCGUUCAUAGCAGACUAAAGUAAAUUUUAAAAAUGUUCCGAAAAAUUUUUAAGCACGUUAAAAAGUUGCCGUUUUCUACGCCAAAGCGUUAUGUUCACGAAAUACCCGAACAUGUAAAAGAUGUUGAGACAGCAGGAAAUCCCCCUUUUUCAGCAAUGGUCCAAUACUACUUGCAUCGUGCACUUCAAGUUGCUGAAGGCGAUUUGAUAGAAUCAUUGAAACGGCACCCACGCUGGAGUGAAGAAAAACGCAAGAAACGGGUUAAAGAUGUCAUUAAAAUGAUGACGUCUAUAGCGAAUAUUAUUGAAAUAAAUUUUCCGAUUCUGAGAAAUAGUGGAGAAUAUGAAUUGAUAACUGGAUAUCGAGCACAUCAUUGCCUUCAUAAGUUACCCUUAAAAGGAGGAAUAAGGUUUGCCUCCGACGUGGAUCGUGAUGAAGUUCAAGGCUUAGCUUACCUAAUGACACUGAAAUGUGCUUGUGUAAAUGUCCCGUUUGGAGGUUCAAAGGGUGGUGUUCGAAUAGAUCCGAAAAAGUACAGCUCAAAAGAAUUGCAAUCCAUAACGCGCAGAUAUACCAUAGAACUCUUAAAACGAAACAUUAUUGGGCCUGGUAUAGAUGUCCCAGCACCUGAUAUGGGAACAAGUCAGCGAGAAAUGGCUUGGAUAGCUGAUGAAUAUAUGAAAACUUUCGGUUACAAGGACAUAAAUUCCAUGGCUAUUGUUACCGGGAAACCAGUCUUCCAAGGAGGAAUCCGUGGUAGAAUUGAGGCAACUGGUCAUGGCCUCUUCAAAUGUUUAGAGCAAUUUGUGGAGAGUAAGGAAUGGAUGGAUCUUAUUGGCCUGAAAACAGGUUUUGCCGACAAAAAUGUUAUUGUUCAAGGAUUCGGCAACGUUGGACAACACGCUUGCACUUAUAUUGUUCCUGCGGGUGCUAAAAUUAUAGGCAUUAAAGAAAUAGAUGGCAGCAUUUUUAACAAGGACGGCAUAGAUCCUUUCGAUCUCCAAGACUACUACACUCAUAAAAAAACUAUUGUGGGAUAUCCAAAAGCUGAGGCAUUCCAAGGGGAAUUGUUGGAGGAACCUUGUGAUAUACUUUUACCAUGUGCCAAAGAAAAAGUUAUAACGGCGGAGAAUGCAUGUACUAUCCAGACAAAGAUAAUUGGUGAAGGGGCUAAUGGACCGACCACUCCUGCGGCUGACAAAAUUUUACAGGAAAGGAAUAUUUUGGUAAUUCCCGAUAUUGUAUGCAAUGCAGGAGGAGUGGCAGUAUCUUAUUUUGAAUACCUCAAGAAUAUAAAUCACGUAUCAUUCGGGAAGCUUACCAAACACCGAGACAAAGAAGUAAUAACACAUAUUUUAAAAAGUAUUCAAGACUCCCUAAAGGGAGCAAACAUUGAUGUGGAAAUUAACCCUCAUGACGAUUUAAAUUAUAUUAUGGAAUGCUCUACGGAAGCAGACAUCGUUGCUUCUGGUCUAUCCCUGGUAAUGGAGAGUGCCUGCCGCGGCAUUAAGGAGACGGCUAAUCGAUUUGCAUUAUGUAAUGAUCUUAGAACGGCUGCGUAUGUUUGGGCAAUACAAAAGAUUUUUCUUAGUUUCGAAGGUCAGGGAUUGUCAUUGUAAAACAUUGUUUUGGUAUUUUGAGGGCAUUAUGCUACUAUAUAAGUUUUCCACUGAAAAAUUGCAUAGUUUUUCGUAUUGGUUGCCCUUUGGAAAUUUUAUUUAAACCUACUUAAUUGAAUUCAGAUAUUUAGAUUUUGUGCCUUUUCGUAAAAUUGAAUAAAAGUUAUAAAUUGAAUGUGAAAUAUAUUCUAGACAAACUUCAA